GUAGUUAUUUGAUUUGUCCAAAAAUUUGAAAUUCAAUUGCCCUACAAAAUGUCGCGAAUGAAAUGUUCAAGCGCAUGAAUGAAAAUAAUGCUCUUACGCGUUUUGCGAUGUCGCAUUAUAUUAAUAACUAUAUUUAUUGCUACUGGACUAUGUGUUUACUUGUGUCCGCAGUUUAAAUUGUAUCCGAUUGCUCCUGUGACUGUAGCUCCUAGCCCUUCACAUCCCAGAACGUCCCGCCAUAUAUCAAAAUUGCUGACUGUAGUGUUCCGGCAAUUUGAAGACUUCGAAAAUGACGUCGCGGACAGCGUGCAGUCGUUCGUAUCGGCGUUCCCUAACGUGCCAGUGGUUGUGGUUAGCGAGACGACGCCGUACCCACCUUUCCCAUUCUCCGCUAGCAACGAGACCCUUCGGAACGUGAAGGUGGUAACAUUAGAGCUGCGGCUCAACGCAGCGCCAAAAGAAUUGGAUCCUUUGACGUAUAUUCACACUGAUUAUGUGCUAUUUGUACCUGACUCGACGCGCGUCUCGCGGCGGGUGCUGCAGCAAGCGGCCAUCGCCGCCACGGCACCCUCAGCCCCUGCUGUAGCUAUAGGAGUUGCAAGCGCGCGUCUUAUUUGCCAACAUAUCAAGUGGAAUUAUGCCGAUUGGACUCUUCAGUACAAUAAGGAUGCGUCUGGGAAGAUCUGUGAUGCAGUUCACGGGCAGCAUGCCUUGUUAAUUAAGACAGCAUAUUUGCACAGCUUCCCACAGCCUUUUGCAUUGCCAUUCCCCGAGUCACUCUAUUUGCAAAUGUCUGCAAAAGAUCUGAAGGUACAAAUUCUUGAAGGAAAGUUAGGAGGAGGCAGAGGAGUGUUGAAAAGUCCAUCUGCAAGACAGAAGUCCAUUCGCCAUAUGAGGGACACAAGAGUUGCUCUUUACAAGAUGUUGGGAGUCAAAGCUAUGAUUAGGGAAGAUGGGAGGGUGCAGUGGUUUGGAUGUAAACGGGAAACACAACGUUGCUUCCCAUCAGUGCAAGGAACACCUUCAUACAUCCUGUCCCACCGCAACACGCCGCCAUGUUGCCGGCGCAACAUGAGGCGGAGCGCCGCGCACGUGCUGCGAGCGCUAGCGCAGGCCGGCGCGCGCUGCUGGCUAGAGACCACGUCGCUGCUGGGCGCCGUCGUGCGGGGGGACCUCCUACCUUGGGCAGAGCAUGUGGAGAUCGGCAUCCACGAGUCUGACGUGCCGCGCGUGCCGUGGCUGCAGCGCGGUGGCGCAGACCCCGAGGGCUAUGUGUGGGAACGCGCAACUAAAGGGCACUACUAUAGAGUGGCCUACUCUGCUACCAACAACGUAUACGUGCUAGUGCUCCCAUUCUCGGCCAAGAACGGGACCAUGUGGCCCGCGGACUGGGUGCUGGCGCAUCAGAAGCCCUUCCCGGAGAGGCACUUGCAUCCACUUGCGCAGAUACAAUUUGCUGGACGCCAGGCGCCGGCGCCAAAUGACGCAAGCGCUUUCUUAGACCUCAAGCUCGGCGCCGCAGCCGUCGAGCGGUGCAACCGGAUUGGACCCAAGCUGUUAUACCCAUAAGGGUCAUUUUAGAUUAGAUCACUCACAAAUGAAAACCUGUUACAAACAAAAUUUAGUCUGAAGAAUGUUGGAAUAAGAAGUGUUCAGGACUGAUAUUGAAUUUACGACUAAAUACAAAUAUGAAAGGUCUAUUUGUGAGGCACGUUCUUAGAGCAUUUAAUAACUGGAGUCGCCUUUAAGAGCUUACCCCUCUGCCGAAAAACUUGCUCAAUUGUGCAAACUUGUAUGAACGGACAUGGCUAUUUGUAUGUUACAUACAAAUCAUGUAGAAAUAGGAAUACAUUUGACGUCCCCUCCCCCGCAAAAUCGGCAGACUAUUUCGUAAAGAAAAUGACAGCGAUGACAUCUCCAGUUACUAAAUGCUCUAAGGGCACGUUACAAGGCACAACACGCGUGUAGUUAAAGUAGUUUUAAAAAUAAUUAUUAUGAAAUCCCUAUUCCUUAUAUACGAGUCUGAUCUCAUUGUCUAGUCAUGAAUCAUGAUUUCACCGCGACCAAAGAAAUUAGAAGUAAGUUUUAACAGUAUUUUCGAAUCUACUAGAUAAUUGUAAUGCUUGCCUUGAAUGAAAUGUGUUUAGAUUUUGACUAGUAUACCUACAUUUGGUCUCCAAAGCAUUUCAUAUGUUGUAAGGAAAAUAUGAAGAUGUUUGUGGGUAAGGUUGUCAUGUUACAAACCAAAAAGUAAUAAAUGGGGCAUUCCAGAAGUAUCGGGUACGUGACGCAAUUUUUUUAAAGACUUCUGAUAAAGCUAAGAAACCGAUAUUUGGCAUGGUAACAUUUGAUAACUUAGCUAUAAAUUCAACGGUAUAUUAUAUACUACAGAUUUCUGCAGCUUAUUAAGGUAGCUGCCAUACGCGUCACGUCCGCGAUAAAUUAAAACUUAUUGUGGGAUGCCCAAAAUAUCUGUCUCAGCACGGAUUCUGUGCACGUAUACAAGGUUUAUAAAUAAUAAUGACAAUCAUUCUAGGGUCGAGGGAAUCGUACAUACUAGGGAGAUUUUAUUGUAAACGAUAUUGAGGUCUAUUAAAAAAAAACCAUGACUUUCUUACUUUGGAUGUAGUACGUUAUUUCACUUAUUUCUACUCGGAAUCACGAGCACUUUCGAUCCUCAGAUGCACAAAAACUAUUCCAAAUCAUUCUUAAAUUGUUCAUAAAUUCUGGAAGACAUUGCAUUAUUGCGAUAAAACUGCCUAUUGUUUACCACUGGUUGAGUUGCUGUAUUAUCUGUAUAAUUAUCUUGGAUUGCGGUGUGCAAGAAAAAGUAUUUGUAUUGUAUUGUUACUAGAUUCCAUUAUUGUCAUAAAGUGUCAUUCUAUGGAACUUGCUAUGUACGAGGGGGAAUCAAAAAGAAAUUAGAAACGCUAUGAUAUCAUGGAAUUACAGGUAUCCUGUUAUUUUUUACUUUUAGGCAACCUCUUUAUUAGUUUAUCUGCAUAUUCAGUAUUAAAAAAUCUGGCAUCUUCGUCCAUAAAAAAAAAGAAUCACAAUUUUAGGUACUAAUUUUCCUUUUUUUUUUAGUUUAUCGCUAGUACAGCCAAUUUAUAGGAGAUUUUUAAGAAUCAAAGAAUGUGCAGUAAUUGCAAAAGACAUACUCUUGAUUACGCAAUACGCAACUCUUUAAUUCAAGCACAAGAUUCUGCGCAGCAUUCUUGGGAAACUGCAUGGUCUGAGGCCCAAAAUCAUCUUAAAAGUAGGUAUUUUAUUUAAUUGCGUUUUUCUUUAAAAGAUUCUUCCGAUUUUUAUUGAACAAUGUUUGAUAGGCAUUAUUUUGUAUUUUCAUAUUUAUUUUUGUGGUAUGUUUCCAUUUUUUUUUUUAAUUGAACAAAUAAAUGUGUGAAGACCUAAAAUUACUACCUUUAACAUUGAAAGGACAUCCUAGCCUGAAAAUUAAAAUUUACAACAUAUUAUUAAAUACUAAUUCAUUCUUAAAAACCCAAGUUUUAAUUUAAGUACCAAUUUUUAUGACUUCUUCACCAAAAAUUUUGAGAAAAUCGUUCCUGAAUGAUCACAAAAACUUGCCUGAAUUUACUGAUAUUAAGACAUCACCUACCCUACUGUCAUUGUUUAUCGAUAACAUAAAAAGUAAUUAAUUUAUUUAUGUCUUUACUUAUGCAAUUUAUUACCUACCAAAAAGUGAUGUAUCAUGACCAAUAAUCAAAACGUAUCAUUAUGUGUUUAGCUGAUAUCAAUUCUAAAGACUUUUUGAUGUACCCUCGUAAACAAACCGCCAUACUGAAAUCAUCAUUCAGUGACAGUUUCAAUAUGGCGGUCUGUUU